AGCCUGCCGAUCAGCGUCUCUGAUGCCCAAGCCGAGGAUGUACGUACGACCGCAGGGGUUCUACCCGAUACUGUUCAGGGACCUGGUCAACGCGAGGAGGAAUACAAAAGCUGAUUAUAAAAUAAUAAUUGUUGUUCCUCCCGACGCUAUAAAUGAGAGCGAUUUGAAGAACUUAAUUAAAACCAUAAGCAAAGAAAGAAAUCCACUAAUUAAAAAAGAAUAUUCUCUGUUGACAAAACACAUUCUGAAGUACAUAACGCCUGCUGGUUCGAAUGAGAACGAAGGGAAUUAUAGAAAUGACAUUAUUUCGACUCUAGUGGAAAAAAAUGGGGAAGCGAAAAGAAAUAUUUUCCGUAAAAUUACAAAGGAGGACAAUCGGAAGAGAGCAUUGCGGCUUACGAUCAACGAAUUGUUAACAGAAAACAAAUAUAUGACGCUGCAUGAAUUAUUACAAGCGAAAAAGAAGACUGAGAAUCAACCAACACUCCAUCCGCAAACAGAGUUUGAAUUAUCUGAACUUGUUCUAUAG